UAUUUCAACCGAAAAUUUUCUUUACUACUAAACCACCACCACUACCACUAGUAGACUACGUACUGACGUACAUGUAACAUCUAUCCCGAGAGAUUACGCUCUCGCGGAGCGACGAUGACAAUACCAAGCCGAUACUUCGCCUUUCUCGACACUUCUAUGAACGCGCCAGCGCGAGCCUUGACGUUGAGCGACCUCAGUGGCCGGAUUAGAGAACGCGUUCUCUUUUACAAAAUCUAUUAUAAUCUCCUUUCUCCUUUCUAUAUAUAUAUAUGUAUGUAUGUAUAUAUAUAUAUACACAUAUAUACACAUUUAUAUAUCUCACGAAUUUAUUCGAUAUUUAUCAUAUUCGACGCGCGAAUACCGAUAUUAUUAUACAUUUUCCUUCAACUCCCUCGUGAAUCAAAAAGAGAGAGAGAGAGAGAGAGAGAGAGGGAGAGAGAGAGAGAAAGAUAGAGGCUAUGUGUGUACGAAGAGCGCGUGCGAAUCCCGGGCCGGAUGUACGCGCGAAGUAACGUGUCGCCCUGAUCCCCACUCCGACGCUCCUCUCCGUUUCCCCCUCUACUACUCUAGCUCGACUCUCCUCUUUUUAUCUCCCUCUCCCUUGCUCUCUUUCUCGCUCUCGCUCAUACCGCGUACGCACGCUCGAGAGAAACCGAGCGGUGUACUUCGAUCGGCCGCCGCGGGGGACUACUACAGCCGCGUUCGCUCUUCUACGGGGGUGCGGAGCAGUGCGGUGUGGAGCCUUCUCUUCGUCCUAUUUAACUCUCACGGUUGUAGAGAGAUCGUUCCGUCGGUUCCAGCACCAGGACACUCCGUAAUCGACGCAACAUUGUUUUUUGCUACCAACGGCUUCCACCGUAUCUCUCUCUCUCUCUCUCUCUCUCCCCCCUCCUCUCUCUUUAUCUUCCCUCUCUCUUCCUUAACGAGAACGUUACAGCUGGCUCUUAUGUAUAUCAUAUAUAAUUCUCUUUGUAUGUACUACACAUACAACGUGUAUAUCUACAGGAAGGACGACUCGCAUACCACUCGCUCGUUCGUUCGUUCGCUCGCUCGCUCGCUUACUCGGCCUCCGAUCUAUGGCCGUAUUUCGAAGCGAGCGACGAGGACGCGGAUAACGAGUAAGAUAGAAAGAGACAGAGAUACAGGCAGAGGUCGAACACGAAGCAGCUCGUUCGUUUCGAAAAACGGGAACGCGCCACGGCAGGCAACGCGCAGUGCCGAUCGCUGGUUCGCUCGCUCGCUCGUUCGUUCCAACUUCGGACAUUUUCGGUCGUCUUCGGUCCCCCACUCUCGUCCGUCGCUCGCUCUCCGGCAUCGACGAGUCGACUCUCUCCCCGCAUAUCGCUCUGCACUCCCUUGCAGCACGCCCCCUUUUCCUAUCUGUCUAUCUACCUCUCUCUUUCUCUCUCUUUUUACUGGCGGAAAAGGAUAUACAAACGACGACGACGACGACGAUGAUGAUGACGAGGAUGACGAAGAGAUCGCACCUUUAUUUUUCGCUACGAAAUAUAUAUUCUUCUUAUCGCAACGUCGACUCUUUUUCUCAUCGCUAACCUUACUUUUCACCUUUCUUCUUCUUCUUCUUCUUCUUCUGCUUCUUUUUCCUUAUCCACCUAUUCCUCCUUUCUACGUAUCGUCAUUUAUUUCCUUUCCUAGGAAAGCCGCUCAACGGCAAUACGCUUCGGCCGACUCUCGAUCCCAUUGCCUUCGUCCAAGCCGAGAUCGAUAUUAAUGCCGGCGGGGCUAGAACGUACCAUCAUCGUCAUAAUAGGCUUACACACACUCUCUCUCUCUCUCUCUCUCUCUAUCUAUCUAUCUAUCUAUCUAUCUCUAUAUCAAGUAACAACAACAAUAAUAAUCCUUGUAAUUAGCCAUUUUGUAAUUAGCCAAGUUUUGGCUAAAGGCAAUGCAAAACGAAACAAAAAAAAAAGAAAAGAAAAAAAAAGUAAAAAGAACAAAAACGUCGCAUCAACGUCAAGUAAAAAAUUACGUCCGAGAAAUCUUUUUCUUUUAUUCUUUUUUUCUCUCUUUCUUUUUUUCAUUUUGUUGACAAUUAGAUCUCACAAAUCUCCUGUUACAACACGUGCCAAUAGAUCUUUCAGUCACGAGGGUUGAUUCGCGACAGAGUUACCGAAGUAAAUACACACGUACAUACGUAUACGUAUGUUUGAAUUGCUCGUACAUACGUACGUACAUACGUAUGUACGUAUGUAUGCAUGUACGCGUGUACGCAUGCGCGGCAAUAGUCACGUGACUUAAUCCCUGCAAAUGGGGUCGCGGACUGAUCGACCCUCUCUCGCGGUCGCGUUCUCCUCGACGUUUUUCGAAAAGUUAUCGCUCUUUCGAAACAUCUCACGCAGAUAGCGUAGCCGAUAUAAACGGGCGGCACGAUUAUUUCCAGACCGGAUGUCAGGACCGUUGCGAAACGUGCGAUUACUUACGGAAUUUCUUAUUAGCCACGGUAGGACGCGUGAUAAUAUUCUCGCGGGAUUUUUAACUACCCGAGAUAUAUCUAUCGUGUCCUUUCUUUCUUUUUUUCGUUCUCUUCACAAUUUCAAUCAAUAGAAUAAAUCGUUUUAAGAUUAAAAUUAAGAAGUCGUGGGAAGAUAUUGAAACUGUUUCGCCUUUUGAAUUAGAAAAAAAAAGAGGGAAGAAAGAAAAAAAUAGAUGAGAUCUUUACGAUAAUUUUUAUAAGAAUAAUAUAUAUAUAUUUUUUUAUAAAUUACACUUAGAAACGUUAUACUUAUAUUAUAUAGCGUACGUUUUUUUAAUAUCAAUACCUUCGUAAGAACAGUUUUUAAAUAUUUAAUAAGCUACGUAGUGUACAAAAUUAAUAAUGAUACAUAUAUAUAAAUUUUUGAUAAAAAUGUUGAUAAUUAACGUUGACCAAUUAGAAAGGAUCGAUCGAACCGAUCGUUGGCGAGUCUAUCGCGCGAAUAAAUACGAAUACAAUGUUUCGAAGGACAUGGAGUGCGUAUAUAGUUUUGACGCAUGCGCAGAGACGUAAUGUGCGCUUGCUUGUUCGGAUAUUAUAAUCGGUCGUUCGCUCGUAUGAAAACGUGAAAAAGACAGAAGAGUGUCGUCGGUGGUGCGACACGUAGGAAGAAUUAGUUUCGCUUUCGUCUAUAGCCCACCGUACCUUUACUACUGCUACUGAACAUUACAUACAUCUUUAUACUACUACAUUAUUACUGCAACUACAUCGUUAUACUAUACUGUCCACACUGACGACACUACUGGCGUAGUUUUUGCUAGAUACUAGUGAACUAUUACAUCUCUACUGAACUACUACAUCGUUAUAACUACUACGUACGUCACUACUGCCGUUACUGUUACUACUAUCGCAGUACUCUACUUGUGUGUUCGCUAACGUCGACAUACAUCACUACUAUGUAUGCGUUGGCUAACGUCAGCAUAUACUGCGGUACCACUACUAUCAACCAUUGCCGUCGCCCAUUACGGCUGCUCGAUGCAGCCAAGAGCGAGCAAGCAGGCAGGCAAGCAAGCAGGCAGGCAAGCAAGCAGGCAGGCAGGCAGGCAGGCAGGCAGGCCCGUACGCAGUACUCGUGGAAAGUACCGAACGUGAUGUCGGCUUAUUCCUCGGUAACUUUCCAUCGUAUCGAGCGUAAACGAAGAAAGUUUUACCGAAGCAAUGCGACAAAAAGUAAUAAAAAAAAAGGAAGACAAAUCUAUAAGAAUCCAUGAAAACAAAUUUUUCUUUCCGUUUUCUUUUUCUUUUUUUUGUUUUCUUCUUCAAAUUACAUUUCCGAGUAAUCGUUUGAUUUUUUUUUUUGCUGUUUUCUUCUUCUUUUUUCCUCCUUUGAAUGAUAUUUCGGAUUAAUUAUUUCACUUCUUCGUUCUUCUUUUCUUUCUUCUUUUUCUUUGUUAUGCGAAUCUAUGCAUUUAUCUCGAAGGUUUUGGUAAAGCUCCAACGUGUACUUACUUUUUUAUUUAUUUAUUGGCCAAAUAUAGUUAUAAAAUAGAAAAGAUAUUUUUGAAGAAAUUAGUUUCUUAUCCAUGAAGGGAAUAAUCGUAAAGGAGAGAGGAUUAGAAUCCUAAGUUUCAUCCUUUGUCCUCAAAUUUUAGAAGAUUACUUUUAGAAUUCUAAUCUUUAAAAAAUUUUUAAAUACUUUUCAAGGAUAUCUACCUGGUGAGCAGUAUACGCAGGUAUACGCAGGUAAACUUUGUCUAUUGAUAGCAGACAUUGGAAAAUAAACUGUUAGGUUGGAAAAUUUUAUAACUUUGAUGGAUCUGACGGCCCAUCGUGUUUUUGCGAUUGUUCCCCUUUGCUUGCUAAGUAGAUGGCGUUGGUCACGGCUGAUAAAUGGUAGGGAUCUUAAUGGGACAGAUGGCGUCUAUUAUCUUUUCGUUUUUCGAUCGGUUUCUAGGGAUGACAGUUAUUUAAUGUUCUUCUUAUUCUUUUAUUUAUUUAUUUAUUUUUAAACAAAUUCAUAAACAAAAUCUCUGCGUAAUACAAAGAAAAGAAAAAGCAGAGAAAAAAUAAUUCAAGAAAAAUACUCGGACAAGUAAUAUUAUAUCGAACAUUUUCUUAAAAUCCAAGAAACAAAAAAUCCUACUUUACUGAGAUUAUAGAUAAAAAAUAUAACGCGCUAGAGUGAUUGGCUUCUCAGCCUUAGACAAUUGUUUGCUAUUAUAUCUCAAAAACAAAUUCAUCGAAAUUUAUUAGCAAAAGAAAGAUACAGAGCAUUGAAAUGAUUUAAGAAAAACGUUUAUGGAGACAAUAUUAUCUCUCAAAGUUCUCUCAAAGUUCUCUCAAAAAUUCAAACAGGAAAGAAAAAGCGAAACGAAGAAAUAGAUAAAAAAGGAGUAUAGAUCAAAAAUGGCGAAGAUCCACGGCAAUCCUAUUUAAAAGAAAUACGUCCUUGCGACAGUAGAAUCGAGGUUUGCCAGGGAAUACCCGAUUCCGAAGUUACGGGUAAAGAAUUGCCUGCAGGAAAAGGAAAGGCAAACGGCGGGAGGAAAGGGGGGG